GAGUCGCCUUGCUACAUCCAUUCUCCAAGAAACUUUGCAUAACCAUGGUUCAAACUUCAAAGGCGUCUCGAAAAUGAUCUCAUCCCAGUUUCUAUGUUGCUUAAUGCGAAUCAUGCAACUGCAAAAGUUUUUUGACCUUUAAUUUUCCUAUUAUCUUGCAGAUUCCGUUCGCUUGGGCCGCUCACGUUACAAAAUGAUCCAUUGCUCAAAAUGUCGAAAAACAUUUUUAACUCUAGCUGGAUACCGUUACCAUUCGAACAAAACAAAUUCCUGUGUUGAUCCAUGUGAUUUUGAUCAUACCCAUGAUUACAUCAACCUGAGCUUUGAGUCUAUGGAGGCCUCUCAAGUGUGUUUUGAGUCGAAUGAAAUGGAUCGAAGUUUUGUGACUCGUCGAUCCAGCAGUAACCAAAGGUUGUUUAUUUGCGCCCAAACUACUAAGGACAAUAUCAAGGACAAACGGUUAAAGACCAACGCAUCACGGAAAACCCAUGAUUGUCCCGCGAAAUUAUUUUUCAAAGAAGCAUCUUUCUGUCGAUGUGUCAGCCCCGUUGCUGGAGAAAAAUGCGAGCUGAAUCGACCGUCCGUUCAGAUACGAGGUUGUCUCCAACAUUCACACCCACUGGAGCGACGAAAUUUGAGACUAUCAAAAGCCGUUAAAGAGGAUGUGGUCAAAUUACUGGAAGCCGGUCUUACGCCAAACGUUAUUAUCAAUAAGUAUCAUCCAGCAGAGAAAGAAGAUCCUGCCAGCAAGCCAGUUACAACGGGGGAUGUAUAUUCUCUGGUAAGACGAGCUAAUUUGCAAGGCAAGAAUGAAGGUGCACGAAAGCGGGAUAAAUUUUAAGUUGGAAUUUUAAUCCCAGGAUACGACCACCGAGAAUCGGAGGUGGCAAACGUUUCGAAAUGCUUGACCGACCCGUCAUUCCGUGCCUUCAAUUAUGGUUAUGCUUUUAACAUGGAUGUUCUUUAGGAAGAGUUGAGGUCCAAGGUCGUCGAAACCAAAGACAAAUCGUUCUUGUUGUGUUAU